AUGAACAUCCACGAUGCAGGUUUUUCAAUGCGGGUAGAAAAUCUGGGAUGUUCAUGGGAGGCAUUUGAUAACAUCUAUCUCGAUCUUUCGAAGCAGCCCGGAAAAUGCAAGCUUGCUGAGAGUGGCUUAGGAUGGCGACCUUCUGGCGGAGGUGAUACCUUCACCCUUGAUAGCAGCAAUAUCGGUGCUGCUCAAUGGAGUCGCGUCGCGAAGGGUUUUGAACUGAAAAUAUUGUCACGCUCGUCGGGCGUUAUCCAAUUAGACGGCUUUGACCAGGAGGACUUCGAACGGUUGAGCAAGGCAUUCAAGAUCUGGUACGGAAUCAACGUCGAGAAUCGCGAGCAUGCGCUUCGAGGUUGGAACUGGGGUAAAGCAGAUUUCACAAAGGCCGAGCUUGUUUUCAACGUCCAGAACCGGCCUGCAUUCGAAAUCCCGUACUCCGAAAUCUCGAACACAAAUCUUGCCGGCAGAAACGAGGUUGCAGUCGAGUUCGCUCUCACAUCCGAUGGUGACGCCAAUCAACCUUCGGGAAGUACAAAGAACCGGGGACGAAAGGCUGCAGCGGGCCCAGAUGAGUUGGUAGAGAUGCGAUUCUACAUCCCAGGAACAGCAGUGAAGACAGAAAAGGGCAUCAAGUCGGAGAAUGAGGAAGAGAACGGAGAAGAGGAGGAAGAAGAAGGCGGCGAGGAACAGAAUGCGGCCAAUCUCUUCUACGAGACUCUCAUGGACAAGGCAGAAAUCGGUGAUGUUGCAGGUGAUACCUUUGCUACAUUCCUUGAUGUUCUUCACCUUACGCCCAGAGGUCGUUUCGAUAUCGAUAUGUACGAGUCGUCCUUCCGGCUGCGCGGCAAAACAUACGAUUACAAGAUCCAGUAUGCCUCGAUUAAGAAGUUUUUCCUGCUGCCUAAGAACGAUGAGCUGCAUACCCUCAUCGUCCUGGGUCUUGAUCCUCCUCUACGGCAAGGACAGACUCGAUAUCCGUUCCUUGUUAUGCAGUUGAAGCUCGAUGAAGAAAUCAGCUUGGAGCUUAACAUGACUGAUGAAUUAUUGGCAUCUCGCUAUAAGGAUAAGUUGGAACCUCGGUACGAAGAGCCGAUUCACCAAGUUGUCACCAAGAUCUUCCGCGGCCUGUCCGGUAAGAAGGUCAUUAUGCCGUCGAAGGAUUUUGUCAGCCAUCAUGGCCACAGUGGAGUCAAAUGCUCUAUCAAGGCCAACGAAGGUCUUCUGUACUUCUUGGAUAAGAGUUUGAUCUUCGUUCCUAAGCCUGCCACAUACGUUCAGAUUGAAAAUAUCGCCGUGAUCACCAUGUCUCGUGUUGGCGGUGCCGUAUCGGCCAGUCGAACUUUCGAUAUCACGGUAAGCUUGAAGUCUGGUAUGGGAGAACACCAGUUCAGCAACAUCAAUCGUGAGGAACAACAACCUCUUGAGGAAUUCUUCAAGGCCAAGAAUAUCCGAUUCAAGAACGAGAUGUCGGACGAUACUUCUGCACUCAUUGCCGCUGCUCUCGACAAUGACGACAUGAUCUCCAGUGAGGAGGAGGGCGUGCGUGCUGACCGUGGAUCUGCGGAUGAGGAUGAAGAGUCCGUCGACGAGGACUUCGAGGCGGAGUCCGAGUCAGAUGUUGCAGAGGAGUUCGACUCUGCGCAUGAAAGCAGCGGCAGCGAUGCGGAGAUGAACGACGCGUCAGACGGUGGUGACAACGACGAUGAGGAGGAUGCGGAUAUGUCGGAGGCGGAGGCGCGGCCGGCGAAAAAAUCGAAGACUGGAAAAUAG